GAACGGCGCCUUCUCGAAAUGGCCGGGCUGCCCUGACUCCUCUCUCACCCCUCUUCCGCUCCCGGUGUGGGACAGACCGGGCCGCGCUUGGUGUUGCCAUGGGGACGAGCACCCUCCGCAGAAAAUAUCCAGACCUGCAGACCCGGCCUCCUGGGGGAGGCAGCCCUCCUCGGCCCUGGCUAUGGCUCAGGAGACUGAAAACUAUGAUCCCAUCGGAACCAUCUUGAUCCAGGUCCAUGAAGAUCUUCAUCAAUUAAAGGAGAAAUUAGUAAACUUCCAACUUGAGGAAAGAGGAGAGACACUAGACAUUCAGAAUCUUGAAACAGCAAUCAAAAGGACUGAAACAGGGUUAAGAAUUCACAUUGAGAAGUAUUUAAGUGUUGUAAAUCAUCAUGUGUUAACGACUCCUAUUAAUGACGGCCAGUUAUAUUCUCCUCACAGUUCCAAAUGGUUGCUUCCAGCUGUACUUGAUCAGAAAUCAUUUAUUUUCCCUCCGGAAUCUGAGUGUAAACUUUGGCAACCCCAGCACAGUACAUUUCCACAUGCUUUUCCAAGAAUAAAGCGAAACAUAGGGUUGGAUGUAAAAAUCAUGCAGGAUCCUGAAAACAUCCACCACAGAGCUGCUGUAAAUGCGAACUAUGGAAUCAGUUUGCCAUAUAUUAAUCAGAGACAAGCAUGUGUGAAGGUUCAGAAGUUAAUAAAAGGGUCCACCAUCACCAACUUCACGGUUCUGCCAGCUUCUCAUCGCAUGAAUCCCUAUUUCUCCCCCAUACCAGUCUUACAAGCAGAUGCCAAUAAAGGGAUUUUGAGUAUGAUAGAACGAGGAUUGAUUCCACCAACAGCAAGGAUUGCCUUUCAGAAUCCACCCAUUGUACCCAGAGCAGCUCCUCUGCAUAAUUUUGCUGAAGCGCGUAAGAUUCCAACUGCCGCCCCUUUCGCUACACCUCAGAAACCACAGCUGACUCCAGACGAAGUGAAGAUCUCUCACAGAAAACAAAGAUCUAAGGGGAAAGGCAAAAGGUCAAGAGGACAUCGUGAUAAGAAGAACCCAUUCUUGAAGGAAGGCAGAAGUGUAGCCACGGGCCAUUUCUGUUGGAGCCUGUGCCACAUGUCUUCUACCAGGAGUUGCAGCUCCUCCUGCCAGCACCGAUGUCUGCUCAAGGAAGCUUGCUUCUCUCUCUCUUGCCCAUCCAAAAAGAAGUCCAUGAAAGUCACAUCCCCUUCUAGAGCUCUGAAAUCACCGUGGGAUUAUGACUUUGUUAUUUAUAAUGGCAUUAUAGACAAGACAGCCCCGGACUUCUUAGCAUUCAAGGAACAUUUUAAUUUAUCUUGGGGAAGUAUUUUCUCUCUUUUGGAAGACAUCGAGAAGUUUCUCAGGGACUAUGCAAUACCAGAAGUCAAAAUAAAAGGGAACAAUUUGGUAGCCUUCCUUCCAGACUUUGAGCUGAAGAAUAAACUUACCAAAUAUGACCUUCUCUCAAUGUCAGAGAACCCAACUCUCCUCCAAAUGAUGUUAAACCUUCCGGGGCAAAGGUACAAGGGCCCAUAUGGAAAGUUAAAGGCUGCCAGCAAGAUCCAAGCCACAUGGAAAUGCUACAAAGCAAGAAAAUUCUUCCUCAUGUUUCGCCAGAAGAAGUGGGCGUCAGGUGUAAUCGCCAUUGCAUGGCUUUUGCAUUGCCAUAAGAUCCGACUGAAGAAGAUCCUGAAGGACUCACGUGAAAGACACCUGCAGAAUUUCCGCAUUCGAGCCAAGCAUCUGGCAGCCAACUGGAAUCGCAUCAGGACCUCCAGGAGGACCAUUAUCCAUAUCCCGUCAUUAGGAUAUUCCCAGCCUGUGCGACAAAAUAUUGCCGACUUCAACACGAAGCAGAACAUGCAGCUGGGGCGGCUGUGUGACAUCUUAGAUGCCAACGUGAGCGUCAUCUACAUCUGCUCCCAUCAAAUGAAUGACGAGUUACUGCUGUAUUACCAUAAAAUCCUGAGUCUACAGGCAGCUGUCAAAUCGGGGAACCUUGAGGACAGAAGUGACCUGCAGGACAGGUUCAAAAUUAUCACCCCUGAAGCUAUAAACAUCUUCACUAAGCAUCAUAUGUGCCUGACCACUCACCUGAUGUACAGUCCAAAGGCAAUCAAAAGAAUAAAAAAUCUCAUCCGAGGCAAAGAGGCCUACAUGGUCAGCGGGUUCCUCCACAGAGAUGACCUGGCCGUGGCGGAUAUAUUAGACAUACCCAUCCUGGGCCCGGAGCCUGGACUAGCUCAUCUUUAUAGCACCAAGUCUGGAAGUAAACGGGUCUUUGACAGCGCCAAUGUGCCGGUCCCUCCUGGAAUAUGUGACAUCUAUAGUCAUCAGCAGAUGAUAGAGCAGCUGAGUCAGCUGGUCACUGAUCACCUGGAAAUCCAACGCUGGCUCUUUAAAAUGGACUAUGAGUUUGGAGGAAACGGGACUGCAUUUUGUGACAUACUUUCCCACUUAAAGUGCCGCAAGUGGGUCCUAAAGGAGAGUAGCAGAUAUGGCCAUGAAGACUGGAAAAAGAAAUGGGCACAGGAGCCAGCUUUGCUGAAGAUCUCCGAGGAGCUGGCGGGCAUUUUAGCACAGCACGCUCAGCCAGUCAAUGAGAGACGCUUCCCGACGUGGAGGAAAUUCCUCCACACAUUUCUCAGUCAAGGAGGUGUGGCCGAAGCAUACCCACCUGCAGAAAGCGUCACCAAUCUGACGGUGGACAUGCUGAUAGAGCCCAACGGAGAAGUCAGGGUGCUGUCAAUGGGAGACCAGUUUCAUGCGGAAGGCCCCUUCAUCUCCUCUGGUACCACCAUGCCUCAGACCUCAGUGGAUCCCCAAGUUCUCAGUUCUUUGUGUCUCCGAAUUGGAAACGCUUGUAAAAUGAGAAAUGUGGUUGGUUACUUUUCUAUAGACCUGGUGACUUUCAUUGAUCCAAGCACCAUGGAACAACAGAAUCCAGACAUCAUUUUGAAGGCCUUUGAAAAUCGUGGAGGCCCUAGGCAUGGCGGACGACCAGGCCUUGAGUGCCAAGUGGCAGGGCUCAGAUUUUUUGCUGCCUAUGACCCUACGACUCCAAAGGCCCAAUAUAAGGCAGUGUCCAUGGUGUGGGCAACAGGCCUCGACGUCUCCUACAGUGACCAGCUGGCCCUGACUCAGCUCACCUUAUACCUGACCGACGGCCAUCUGGAUUGCAGGUUCAGCACCCUUAAGGUGCCCUGCUUUGUUCCCAAGAAAGAGAAGAAAAUGAGCCAGCUCGCAGCCCUGUCAGUGCCGUCACAGGCAACCCAUCGCUAUGCAGUAAUGAGCACCCAGCUGAGGCACAACAAUCUCUCACUGGUUUUCCACUAUGUUUUCCUCCAGAUGUGUAAGGCCCAUGGCAUUGGCUACGACAUUCAGGACAGACAAGGAACUGUUUUUAUAUUAUAUGAACACCUGAAGAGAGACAGGUUGGGAAUGUUAACAAUCGGUGCGGAUCUCCAGGGGGUCCUCAUGACCUUUGCUCGCCAUCUCUUCAUCAUCCAUCAAGAAAUAUCAGCACCUAAUAUGCAAGGCGAGACCAAUUUUAAGACCACCAUUAAUGAUAUUGAAGUCAUUCUAGGAGUAACAGAGGAAAACAAAAUGAGAUUUGAAGAAGAGCUACAGUCCAAAGAUAAUAAAAACCUCUCUAAACCUGAUAAAUGAAUGAUCUUAGAAUACAUUACUGAUUUUGGAGUCCAAUCUGGAGCCACAAAAAAGCAACAUUUCUUUUACUGUUAGGAAUAAAAGGGGGUGGGGAGUUAGUUUGCUUUGUUUGCUAGGAGGUGUA